AUGGAUGGAGAGCAUUUCGAGGAGGAGGAGACGAAGAAAGAAGCCAGCUGGGACGGCGUCACCAACAAUGCUCGAUUCUCUCCUUCGGAGGCGUGCUCUUCGACGUCGUGCGCCCUCCGACGCCAUCUCCUCCUCCUUCCGCCUCCGUCUGGCCUCUCUGCCGCCCUCCGCCUCCCUCCGUGCUGUUUCCACGCGAUCAGCUGA